GGCAGGCCCCCUCGCCCGCCGGCGCCGCUUUCUGGAAGGUUCGUGGUUGCGACGGGUACGUUCCGUUACUCCGGGAACAGCCCGGAUCCGCGUCCAUCCGUCCUUCCCGACCCUGCACAGAGCCAGCCAAGGUUGCCAUGCCGGAGAACGUAGUCCCCCGGAGCGGGGCGCCCGCCGGGAAUUCCGGCGGCCGCGGAAAAGGCGCUUAUCAGGACCGCGACAAGCCGGCCCAGAUCCGCUUCAGCAACAUCUCCGCAGCCAAAGCUGUUGCUGAUGCUAUUAGAACAAGUCUUGGACCAAAAGGAAUGGAUAAAAUGAUUCAAGAUGGAAAAGGUGAUGUGACUAUUACAAACGAUGGAGCCACCAUUCUGAAACAAAUGCAGGUGUUACAUCCAGCAGCCAGAAUGCUGGUGGAGCUGUCUAAGGCUCAAGAUAUAGAAGCAGGAGAUGGCACCACAUCUGUGGUCAUCAUCGCUGGCUCACUCUUGGAUUCCUGUACUAAGCUGCUUCAGAAAGGGAUCCAUCCAACCAUCAUUUCGGAGUCAUUCCAGAAGGCUUUGGAAAAGGGUAUUGAGAUCUUGACUGACAUGUCUCGACCUGUGGAACUCAGUGACAGAGAAACGUUGUUAAACAGUGCAACCACUUCCUUAAAUUCAAAGGUUGUCUCUCAGUAUUCAAGCCUGCUUUCUCCAAUGGCUGUAAAUGCAGUGAUGAGAGUGAUUGACCCAGCCACAGCUAACAGUGUAGAUCUUAGAGAUAUUAAAAUAGUUAAGAAACUUGGCGGAACAAUUGAUGAUUGUGAGUUGGUGGAAGGGCUGGUUCUCACCCAGAAGGUGGCAAAUUCUAGCAUAACCAGAGUUGAAAAGGCUAAGAUUGGGCUUAUCCAGUUUUGCUUAUCUGCUCCAAAAACAGAUAUGGAUAAUCAAAUAGUAGUUUCUGACUAUGCCCAGAUGGACCGAGUGCUGCGAGAAGAGAGAGCCUACAUUCUAAAUUUAGUGAAGCAAAUAAAAAAAACGGGAUGUAAUGUUCUCCUUAUACAGAAGUCUAUUCUAAGAGAUGCCCUUAGUGAUCUUGCAUUACAUUUCCUGAACAAAAUGAAGAUUAUGGUGGUUAAAGAUAUUGAAAGAGAAGACAUUGAAUUCAUUUGUAAGACAAUUGGAACUAAGCCAGUUGCUCACAUUGACCAGUUCACUGCUGACAUGUUGGGUUCUGCCGAGCUCGCCGAGGAGGUCAAUUUAAAUGGAUCUGGCAAACUGCUCAAGAUUACAGGCUGUGCAAGCCCUGGGAAAACGGUUACAAUGGUUGUCCGUGGUUCUAACAAAUUGGUAAUCGAAGAAGCUGAGCGCUCCAUUCACGAUGCCCUGUGUGUUCUUCGUUGUUUAGUAAAGAAGAGAGCCCUCAUCGCAGGUGGUGGUGCUCCAGAAAUAGAGCUGGCCCUGCGGUUAACUGAGUAUUCACGCACUCUGAGUGGCAUGGAAUCCUACUGCGUUCGUGCUUUUGCAGAUGCUAUGGAAGUCAUUCCUUCUACACUGGCUGAAAAUGCAGGCCUGAAUCCCAUUUCCACAGUCACAGAGCUGAGAAACCGGCACGCUCAAGGGGAAAAGACAACAGGCAUUAAUGUCCGGAAGGGUGGAAUUUCCAACAUUUUGGAGGAGCUGGUGGUUCAGCCUCUGUUGGUUUCAGUCAGUGCUCUGACCCUGGCAACUGAAACUGUCCGGAGCAUUCUGAAGAUUGAUGAUGUGGUGAACACUCGAUAAUCUGACUGACGGGCACCAUUGGUGUGGCUGGAGCAGAAGGUCAUUGCCUCAGUACCCUUGUUGUUUGAAAGAUGGUUUCUCCUGUGAAUUCCUGCUCGGGCUUCCAGUUGGCGUUGGUUAAAAUUGUAUCGACACAGUUUAAUGAUGAUAUUAAAUAUUUCAAAAAACAGAUUAAUUUAUUGCCACGCCCCAGUAUUCUGUUAUUUCUGAUACUCUUGAAAAAUCUAAGAGCCCAAAAGAUAUAAAACAUGAGUUCACUUUUACAUGUUGACUUUCUAAGGGAUUAAUCCUGAGGGCUUUCCGCGCUUUGUACUCCGUAUAGGCAUUUAUCUAUUCCAUUGAUGUUUUUUUAAACAGAAGUAUUCAGAAGAAAAAAAUGACCCAUUAUGCUCAUCAGUCUGAUAAAUCCUCGUUGACAUAAAAACACCAAAAUAAUGUACUUGCUGUUUGAAAAGCUCACUGUACAGAAAGGUACAAAGUAAAAAAUAAAAAAUGAAAGUCU